GUCUGGGCUGGGCUGUGAGAUUCCCGUGAUACUCGGAGGUUACCGCUCAGAGAAUCUUGACUGAUCGGAGAGUGUGGAAGUAGGCAAGAUAUACCUCACCCUUUUUUAGGCAGUAUAGCUCCCGAGGAACAGAUGAUGUGAGGGUCGAUCCUGAUCCAUGCCCAAUACACCUCUAUAAUCUAUCAGUCGUAUCGACUGCUGAGUUGCCAACGUGAAACCCUUAGUGCUCUUUCCCAGCGUCCCAGCACGUUACACAGUCCGCAAGUCUUCAAAAUGGGAUCUAGCCCGAAGAGCACCGGUAACCUUCAGCUGCCAGUGAUCAAUAUCUCGGGGUUCUCUGCCGAGGUCGGCAGGCAGUUGCUCGAUGCGGCCACCAGAUAUGGCUUCCUCUACAUCGACACCCAAGGGACUGGCUUCACUGAGCGCAUGGUCGACCGCGAAUUUGAGCUGUCACGCCAGUUCUUUGCCCUCCCAGAUGCGGCAAAGGAACAAUGGCGCAUUGACGAGACCAACCGUGGCUGGACGGGUAUGCAUGGAGAAAUCCUCGACCCCAAAAAGCAAAGGAAAGGAGAUUUCAAGGAAGCCUUCAACAUGGGGGAGUUCCACGACGGAAAGCCACAGCAGCCGAUGCCUGAAGUGCUCGAGACGGCCAUCGACGAGCUGGCGGAGUUUGAGAAGACCUCUAAAAGAGUUUGCGAUCGGAUCCUUGACCUGCUCGGACUAGGACUCGAAGUCGAGGAGCCCGACUUCUUCUCAUCACGACAUACCCAGCCCAGUGGCAGUAUCGUUCGAUUUCUACACUACCCGUCGGUCCCGGCAGAUGUGGACUACCAGCCAGAGGUUGACAUUCGAGCGGGUGCUCAUUCUGACUAUGGAAGUAUUACUCUCCUGUUCCAACGUCCAUCACAACCUGGACUGGAGAUACUGGCUGGCACGGAUACGUGGGCUCCUGUCCCCGUCAUACCAGAAGGUUACCACUCGGCGACCUUUCCUCCAAUCCUGGUCAAUAUUGCCGAUCUCUUGUCAUAUUGGACCAACGGCCUCCUGAAAAGCACGGUUCAUCGCGUCAUCUUUCCCAAAGACGCGAAGCGAGGCGGCGAGGAUCGUUACUCGAUAGUGUAUUUCUGCCAUCCUGGAAACGAUGUAGAACUCGUCCCGGUGCCGAGCAAGUUAGUGGCCGCCCGUGUGUUGGAGGACGGGACACAGGUCGGGUACGGAGGAGGCGCUGCAACCAAGCGCGCGAUCACUGCCAAGGAACAUCUAGAAAAUCGGCUGAGAGCGACGUAUGAUUUCAGGUUGAAGAAAAAUAGGGAGGGUGCUGGGCAUAGUAGUCCAUGAGCAGUGACUGCGGAUCCAAGGCGAGAGGUGCUUCAGAAGCGAUCUAGUAAUCCACACUGCGUCGGUGCCCUGAAGCCGGCUCAACGAUACCCAGGUAGUAAUGACCGUCCAGAAAAUGAACUUAAACGGGCUGCCAGUGCAGUGUAGCACUGGCAGAAUAGAUCUCCGCUCAUUCUGUCCUAGAUGGCAAGGCUUCAGCCUCGUGGCAGUUGCAGCCAGUGGCACAGACAUGAGGAUUAGGCGGGAC